UCUCAUCAGUAACUACCCUGCCUGCAUUCCAAAUGGAUUUCAAAAUGGAUGGGGUGUGUGCCUUGGUUUCUGUGUUCUUUGUGUUAUGUGUUGCAGUUGUAACUUCGGCCAACGUGGAGGAAGUCCUGGGAGUCGUUGGAGAACCUGUCCUUCUGUGUUGUUUUCUCUCCAAAUUGGCUCUGCCCAUCAACUCAGCAAAAACCCGCAUAAUGUGGCAGGAUCGAGAAGACAAAGUGCUGCAUGUAAUUAACAAGGGACAGGAGGUGUAUGAUUACCAAGACCCUUAUUACAAAAACAGGACAACAUUUGACUCUGACCAUUUGGCCUCUGGAAAUCUGUCACUCCUGCUCAACCCUGUAAACAUCCUGGACAAUCACAUGAGGACCACUGUCAUUCUGAUAAGAAAUCAUAGAUCAGAGAAAGUGUGCACACUCAGUUUAAAUGUAGCAGCUAGGUACCAGAAACCAACAGUGAACCUUACAGACUCAACAGUUGAAUGCAACACUCAGGGAGGCUUUCCUGAAGGUCAGGUGACAUGGAUGACCAAUAACACACCUCUAGAUCCUGGGGAGGCAGACACCAAGACCAGCCAGGAUCCUGAAACCAGAACCUACAACAUAAGCAGCCGAGUGAAUGGGACAGGAAUCCAGAACCUGACCUGUAGUAUCCACAACCCGACCCUCAAUGAAACCCAGACAACCACUAUCAGCAUCAGACCCAUAACAGCCUACACAGGGGAAAACUCCUCCAAUAUCCUGGCCAUUGCUUGUGCUGUUGGCGUGUCAAUCCUUCUCACCAUCUCACCAUCACCGUAGACAACGUAUUAGGGUGCCCUGCUGUCCCUGACCCUCUGUAUUGUCCCUGGGUUGGAGGACACCGGAGACAGAGGUGUUCAAACAACGGUUCUUUAAUGAAAGAAACUACAUGGGCCAUCCAAGAACAGGAGACGCAAAACACCAGGGUAGGAGGAACUUGAAUAGGGAAGGUGACGUUGGACAAACUAGACCCAGGUGAACCUGCCACCGGUAAACGGGAACUUGGAGAAAGGUUUCGAUGGGAUGAUGGAGCAGGAGCUGACAGACAGGAAGGAGGAAAUCUAAUGUCAGUCUGUCUGUUAAACAUAGAUUCUCUUGGGUGCUAUUUAUGAUCACCAAAUAAUAACUGAUCUUACCUCAUCUAGAUAUAUAGCUAUCAGUAUUGGUGCCAAAAUUGUAUCACCAGUGGCGAUAUCACUGAUAGUUUUGCAGCAAGGAAAUCGAGGCGUGUCCAGUUUUACGACAGAAACUGCCCUUCAUCUGCUGUAAUAGCACACAGGAUACGAUUUUGAGUGUCUUUUUUAUUUACCCAGUUCAUGCACCUGUCGUUAAAUAUUUGAUUGCACAUCAAUAAACGUUGUUUUUAUUGUGUCUUUAUUUAUUUAUAUUUUUUCUAACA